UUCAUUGGGACGAGGAACAAAAGCUUUUAUUUGUUUGUUGACAAAACCUCUUACCAGCUACAGUAAGAACCACGACCUGCAAAAUCUGGUCCAGCUAAUAACAAGUAAAGCGGACUUGCUCACCUGCUUCCUACACAUCAUAUUACGAUGGACGAUUGCUGCGAUGAGCAGUUUCAUGUCGCUUGGAUUCUUCCCUCACCCUACCAUCACAAGAUCGCCACCUCUGUUUUUGACGAGACCUACUAUCAUGCUGUCCGUUCUGCAUCCUCGAACGCGGUCUACACUACUGGCAGAGUUGGUCUGCAUAGGGUCGUUGUGGCAAGCAGGAGCCCCGUAGCCGCGUCACCGAACACCGAAGACUUCAUCAACGACUUAUUGCAUGACUUCCCAGCUGUUAGGGCAGGCUUCCUUGUGAGUACCGACGCCAAGGCAUCUCAAUCGGGGCGUGCACGUGUGGGCGACAUCGUCUUCGGAACGACACCCGACUUGCAGAGUGGCACUAUCUAUUUCGAUGCUAGACAAACGAAGGAACAUGGACGACUCUUUAUCAGCGGCCAAGCAAAGCAUAUUCCUGAAUCUGUAACGUCAGCGCUCGAGGAUUUCCUUGGCCAGAAACAACACGGCGAAUGGCUUCAACACCUCAGCGAAGGCUACCCUCUUCAUCACCGAACUUUUCGUGGUGCAAUAGCGUCCUCCAUUGAACAUUUUGACGACCCUCUCGUUCUUGAUCACAUUGGAUCUAAGCAUGAUAUUCUAUGCUUCGAGACGGCUGCAGCCAGCAUGAGCUCUCAUUCGUUCAUACUCGCUGCGGGCAUCGCCGGUUGCUCAGAUAACCAGCAGGACUGUUUGCGAUCUGCGCAAGUUUGUGAGGCUGUCGUGUACUAUCUUUCCGGCCUUGUCCGUCUCAUCAACCCCGUCAAACUUCAUAAGGAACCGCCUUUGACCAACUAUUUCCAGUACGAGUCCUUUGAUCUGGAUCGCCCAGGAUUCCGACUAGUUAGGUUAGAGGCGGGAUCGAGCCACGAUCCAAUCCGCUGCCACCUUUUCCAAGCUUAUCUAGACGAUAAGGAAACCAUCAUUCCAUACGAAGCGUUGUCGUACUGCUGGGGCUCUAGCACUUCACUACGGCACACAAUUCUGGUGAAUGGAAGAUUUCUCUUCAUUACAGAGAAUUUAUUCGACGCCCUGAAAAACCUGAGACAACAAGUUGAAGACCGCAUACUUUGGGUUGACGCUCUUUGUAUCGACCAAAGCAAUGUCCGAGAGCGCGGACACCAGGUCACAUGGAUGGGAAAGGUGUACGAGCACGCUGAACGAGUUUUGUUCUGGCUGGGGCAUGUGCCAUAUAACUUCAGAGAUCUGAUUCUGUCACUCGUGACGUUCAAAAGAGAAGCCCCACGUGACGCGUGGGUGAGUUGGACCCUUGAUGACCCUAGAUGGUCAGAUACGUGGGCCCAACUACAAACACAACAUCUUUCGAGGUUUGAUGAAGUUAACCUGCUAUCAGACCUAAAAUCAUUGAUGAGAAACGAGUGGUUCAGCCGCGUCUGGGUUCUGCAGGAGGUCGCCAAUGCUCAAAAAGCUUUACUUGGCUGCAGUGAGGGCUGGGUUGACGCGAUGGCCUUUGCAAUGGCACCGAGACUUUUCGGCAUGCAAGCAGACACCCAAUGCCAAGCAGUCAUCGAUAUAAUGCCAGGUCCAUCGAGGAGGACUUCUUGGUGGGCACAGAAGUCAAAUAUCUGUACCCUGUUAUGGAGGUUCAGAGAAAGCCAAGCUAGCGAUCCUCGGGAUAGGUUAUUUGCGCUUCUUGGUCUCGCUUCCGACAUGAAAACUGGCGACGAGCGGAUUGUCGCAGACUACACUCAAACCGAGGACGCCGUUUUGAGGAACAUUACAACCUAUUUGUUCAACGACAAAAUCCACGAUUUUAAGGUCGAAAGCCUUCCGGAUUUGCAAAUGAACAUUCCAAAUUUUGCUGCGAUUACUCUAGAAAGAAUGGUCUUUUCUGGAUCCAACGUCGAGGAUUUGCAUUGUUACAUGGAAAAACAAAACCAUACCGUUUGGCUCUCGGAGGUUUUGGUCAACUACUCUUGGUUUAGACGGUCAGACCACUUUGAUAACUUUCGAAACAGCUCUGCGUUUGAUCAAGUCAUUCUUGGGCAAAUCCCUUCCACCGGCCCACCCAAAGAUUCCACAACUUUGUAUCAAUUCUUGAAGAGACACAACGGGCGGAUCAACUCUACAAAAGAAACGAUUGAAGCGUUGAAUCAAAGCGGUAUCGACAUGGUUGUACAAGUUCUUCGAAACAAUCGACAGGACGUUGAAAUUACGGAAACAUUCGCUGUUGAGGCAACUCGGAAAGGUCCUUCCAUACUGCAAGCCUUUCUUGACAGAUAUGACUCCAAAGUCUGGAUUACGGAGGCUUUUGUCAUUGCCGCUCUCCAGAACGGACCUGAUACGGCUCAGGUCUUACUUAGUCAACGGGGCGGUGAGAUCGAAAUUACUGAGGCCAUUGUUGAUGCAGCAGUCCAAAGUGGGCAUACUACAUUUCAACAUCUGCUGGAGGCAGUCAUUUUCAGGACGAGUACUAUAAUAGACGCACUUCCGUAUCCAACAGACCUGGAUACAUUGCGGCUAAUACUUGAAAUCGACAUCAACUCAAGCCUUCUUGAGAUUACACGACAGAAGGGUAUAGACCUAGUUCGGAUGGCCUUAGAGCAAAAUGACAACAGUGCCAAGAUAACAGACGCACUUACAAAGGAAGUAGCUCGAAUAGGACCAGAUACACUGCGAGGAUGAUGCGAAAGCUACUCUGUCUGGAAUCCCACUACAGCCACGAACCAGUAAACUUUGUAAAGUGUAGCGGAAUCGCACGAAAGGGGCACGACAAAUAGCGUGGAAAUAGCACUAGGCCGUAUCAAGGCUGUGUGUUAGUCACACCAUGCGGAUAGAUAUCUUUGUGUAUCGGAAUCAGAUGCUUCCAUCUUCUCCACUUGGUAUUGCUCACCAUCAUGCACGUCCCAUCCGCUGCAGGGGCCCAGCCAUGGCUGCACUCCACCAAGUCUCGUCAUGGUCGGAUUGGAGAUGCAUUGUUGUGAUUAUCAUAGAGCUGUAACUAACCAUGUGAUUGAGUAUUAUGUAUUUUCCAAAG